UUCUUUAAAACAGUUACGAAUUAUUCAAUUGUCUCUUCUUCAGCUUGCUUUCUGGAGAAGAACUGGUAUCUCUCCACAAUCACAUUCACUUUAGGCACGAAUUAGUCGUUACAACUUUUAAGGGGUUCAUCGUAGCCAACCGUAUGAAUGUCAUAGUUGAACAAGUUAAACACUAAGAGCGAAUCAAGUCCUAUGUGGUGCAGUAAUAGUGCCACCUUUGGCUGGUCGGUCUGGUCCCGCUGCACGCAUGAACGCAUUUUUUCAGUUAUUCCAUGCUACUGACAAAUUGGUUGCCUUUAAAUCCAAUGGGAAACUGUUGUAGCCAUGCUGACGACUUUACUGCAUUCUGCCGUUGUUUGCCUUUUCUCUGUGGAUCUUAAUGAAAGGGAUGACGAGUACAAAUAUGUGGGUCCCUAUAACCCUAAAAUAAUGAUCACUACAUCACACACCCCUUCUGUAAAGCUAAAGAUGUUUGUAAAGGAGUUGAGGCUGAUCUUCCCCAAUGCACAACGAAUGAAUAGAGGCAAACAGGAUUUAAAACAAUUAAUGAGAGUAUGCUGCUGCAACGACGUGACAGAUGUUAUAGUUGUUCACGAAAACCGAGGAAUCCCUGAUAACGUCGUUAUUAGUCAUUUGCCAAACGGUCCCACAGCAUUUUUCAAUAUUUCAGAUGUUGUCAUGCGCCAUGACGUUCCUUUUGUUAGCAAUAUGAGUGAACAAAAUCCCCAUUUGAUUUUUCACAAUUUCAAAACUAAAAUAGGUGAACGAGUUACAACUAUAUUGAAACACCUCUUUCCCACUCCAAAACUGGAUUCCAAACGGGUUAUUACGUUUGGUAACCAUGAUGAUCAUAUAUCUUUUCGUCAUCAUCUAUUUAAAUAUGAGAACAAAAACUUGGAGCUAGAAGAAGUAGGACCCAGGUUUACACUUAAAUUGUACCAAAUUAAAUUAGGAAAAUUAGAUGAAAUUCCUGCGUCUGACACAGAGUGGAUAUUAAAACCUUAUAUAAACACAUUUAUAAAAAAUCGAGUUUUAUCGCAUGAAAAUGGUUGGCCUAUAAACGAAAGUUAACUGUAUUUAUUCAUAUCGCUAAUUUACUUCAAUACAGUCAUAAUAAAAAAAUGCCAAAAUUAGAUACAGUAUACAGAAAUUACCGCUACCUUUUCUAUGUUGUGUAAAAAUUCACUUGCAUCACGCUGCAUCGUUUACUAGUAUCUCACUAGAACAAAAUAUGUAUCCAUUUUUACUAUGGGAGUAAGUACAUCGACGGCUGAGUGGAAGAUCGACCUAUCUCGGCAGCCGGUUCAAAAACGCCCUAUCUCACAAAACUUUCCCAGAACGCCAUACUUCAGAAUUUGGUUGAAUAACGUCCUAUCUCACUUGAAGUAAAUGAGCGAUAUGUAAUAUAUAUGUAGUACACAUAACAUGUACUUAUUAUGUGCAUCGUAAAUAAAAUCGCAAAUUUUUUUUGAAUA